UGUCAAUAAAUCAUUUAUAAUUACUUGUCAUUCAACAGAGCUACAGGUGAUCAACGACAAUUGCACGAUUGGAAUACUCCAAAUUUGCUAGUGAAACAAAACAAGUAUGCUGAGCUGCAGAAAAGACGAAUGUUUAUCCAGACCCAGGACACCCCGAAUCCCAACAGUCUGAAAUUUAUUCCAGGAGUCACAAUUCUGGAACCCGGACAGACAAAAGACUUCCCCAAUGCUACCGAGAGCUACUGUUCCCCGCUGGCCAAGAUGCUGUUCCGUAUCGACGGCGUAAAGUCUGUUUUCUACGGCCCAGAUUUCAUAACUGUCACUAAAGUUGAUGAAGACGUUGACUGGAAUCUUCUGAAGCCGGAAAUUUUUGCUACUAUUAUGGACUUUUUUGCAGCUGGUCUUCCUGUACUUACUGAAGAACAGCCUUCUUCUGACACACAAAUAAAUGAGAACGAUGAUGAGAUUGUUCAAAUGAUAAAAGAACUUUUGGAUACUAGAAUUAGGCCUACAGUUCAAGAGGAUGGUGGUGACAUUGUUUUUGUGGGUUUCGAAAAUGGAAUAGUAAAAUUAAAGAUGCAAGGAUCAUGUACCAGUUGUCCAAGUUCAGUAGUAACUCUAAAAAACGGAGUCCAAAAUAUGAUGCAGUUUUACAUCCCAGAAGUACUUGGCGUCGAGCAAAUUGAAGACGAGUCGCAAAAAGUAGCUAAGUCGGAAUUUGAAAAAUUCGAAUCCAAAUUACCCGAAAAUGACAAAUAA